AUGGUGCUGCGUCGUAGGUGUGGCACCGUGAUCUCGACGGCGGCCACUACGUCAGUCGCCGGCCUGCUGUGCAGUACUCGCUUCAUUGCAAGCGAGUUCAAAGGCCUUUGCACGCGAAGCGGUGGGGCCGCACUGCCACCGUCGAUCAGCAACAACGAGCCGAUUUUGCCAAUGGACUUCAACCCGCACAUUGAGUGGUUCGAGUACCCCAAAGAAAUAUUCGACCCAAAGUUUCCGUACACCCGAGAGGAGAGCAUCCGCAUGACGGAGGAGUCGUGGGAGAGCACGAUGGACGAGAUGGCCAGCAAGUACGGCAUGCGGCUGAACAUGUCCUCCAAGCCAACGUUCUGGAUGGCGUGGUCCAUUAUGUUCUUCUACAGCUGGUACACCCUCUGGGGCUGCUACCGCGCCAUGGGCACAGAGCCGGGUUGGUCGCACUUCAAAAAUGUCGUGCUGAACCAACCUACGGUGCCGGUGCUCGAAGAGGACGACAUCUACCUCGAUCAGUGGAUGCGACCCGAGAUGCGCGAGAAGUUCUGCCGCUAUGACCGCUUCUGGAACUGGAAGCCACUGGUGAAGCGCACUGGCGCAAAGACAACCUGGCAGAUCCCCAUGCACUAUGCCGACGAGUCUGAGUGGCGUCACAUGACGAGCCGCUACUAG